AUGCAUCGUGACUAUUAUUUUGGUCAUUUACCAUCGAAUGUUUUAGCACUAUCUGGUUAUGAAUUCUUCCAGUUCAUUCAAAGUAUUCUAGGUGAACCCGAAGUAAACCUUUUAAAAAAAAUUUCUGUGAAAACAACAUCGUCUUUUAUGAAUAUUGAAGAUCCAUUGGCUGUUCUUAAACAAGAUAUUGAUGAUGAAGAAUUAGAGAUAUUAAAGAAACAAUUAUGUUUUAAAAUGAAAAAUGAUAACUAUUUGAUUAAACCCGGUGUUGAGUCUGGAUUUUCAUCGCUACAAAAAGCAUUAAAAGAAAAACUAAACCAACAGAUCAACAGUUCCACUAAAAAGAAACAACAACGGAAUGGUGAUGUAUCAUCUAUUUCUUCUUUGACAUUAUCAUCUCAAGAAGCAAAAACUUCUUCAUUUUCUUUACCAGAACAUAAAUCACAUGUUCUUCAAUUAAUAAAAAAAUGGUGUAAUGACAAUAAAGAAAAUUUUAAUUUAGAAAAUUUUCAAUUGGAAGAAGAUAUCGAUUUUACAUUAAAUAUUCAGUUUGAUGAAAAUUCUACUGUACAAGCCACUAUCAAGUGCAAAUGUGGUAAAUUGAUUUCAUUGUGUAGAAAUGGUUCGAAAAUACAAGUGUCCAAUUAUUAUAAACACUUGCAUUCUUUUGGAUGUAGUCGUAUGAAAGAAAUCAAAAGAGACAACAGAAAACCGCAGGUACAGCAGCAGCAGUUGCAAUCGACAAUUACAUCAUUACGUGUUUUAACAUCUCAAUCAUGUGUGUCACCUGUUGAAGCGCACGCUGAUGAAAUGGCAGAUACACAAUCGACACCUAAUGAAAGCUCAGUUUCAAGAUCGCAAUCAAGUCUAAACUUGAAGCGUCCUAUACCAUCUGGUUCACAACACUCCGCUUCGACCAAACGAAGCCGUAGAUAA